AUGAUGCGAGGAUUCAAGCAAAAGCUGAUCAAAAAAACCACUGGAUCGUCAUCCUCUGGACAGAAGAAGAAAGACAAAGAGGAGGCGAAAAAGACCUCUUCAGGAACCAGUAGCCCCGGAAGCGCGAGCGGAACAUCGAAGUCAGCUGCCGAGAAGAAGUCGGCCUCGAGCUCCAGCUCCUCCAAGCAUACGAAGAGUAAAACGGCAACGAAUAACGGAUCUGAAAAAAAGAGCAACCCACCGCCGUCUUCGGCUCAAAAUGAUAGUCCUAAUGCAGCGCCUACGAGCAAAAACAAACUUGAGGUUAUGGGAAACAUAAACCAACCGUCACGGUCGUCCCAGCCCACUUUAAUCGCUGCAGCAGCUCUGCCUCCUUCGCCCACUACUGCCACCGUGUCUCUGGCAGUACCAGGAACACAAUCGUCCAAGGAACCUACCACUGCCAGUGGAAUUGAGAUUCCGAGAUCAUCGCAUUCUUUUGAACGUUUGCCCAAUGCUUCAAAGUUGAACCCUGAGGCGGACCUUGAUCUGAUAAAAACCCCGCAAAGACAUUCUUCCUCGCGGUUUGAGCCCUCACGUUACACUCAGAUUACAAAACUACCUCACUUUGAUGACGUUUCACCAGAAGAACAAAUUCCGUUAUUUAUUGCCAAAGUGGACCAGUGCAAUACCAUUUUUGACUUCGGUGACCCCAGUUUUGAUAUUCAGGGCAAAGAAAUAAAAAGAGUCACCCUUCAAGAAUUAAUAGAGUUUGUUGUUACAAACCGGUUUGCAUACACCGAAGAGAUGUAUGCUCAUGUUGUGAACAUGUUUAAAAACAACUUGUUCAGACCCAUACCGCCCCCAGUGAACCCCAUUGGAGACGUCUUCGACCCCGAUGAGGACGAACCUGUUAACGAGCUUGCGUGGCCUCACAUGCAGUGCAUUUACGAGUUCUUUCUGAGGUUUGUCGAGAGCCCUGAUUUCAACCAUCAAAUUGCCAAGCAGUAUAUUGACCAAGAUUUCAUUUUGAGAUUGUUGGAAUUAUUUGACAGUGAAGACAUUAGAGAAAGGGACUGUUUGAAAACCACCUUGCACCGUAUUUACGGCAAGUUCCUGAGCUUAAGAAGUUUUAUUCGUCGCUCAAUAAACAACAUUUUCUUGCAAUUUGUCUACGAGACCGAGAGAUUCAACGGUAUUGCGGAAUUGCUUGAGAUCUUGGGUUCUAUCAUCAACGGGUUCGCCUUGCCCUUGAAAGAAGAGCACAAAGUUUUCCUAGUUCGCGUAUUGAUGCCCUUGCACAAGGUCCGCUGCUUGUCGCUAUACCACCCGCAGUUAGCAUACUGUAUCGUGCAGUUUUUGGAGAAAGAGCCUCUCUUGACAGAGGAGGUGGUCAUGGGCCUUCUUCGCUACUGGCCCAAAAUCAACUCUACAAAGGAAAUUAUGUUCUUGAACGAAAUAGAAGAUAUUUUCGAGGUGAUAGAACCACUAGAGUUCAUAAAAGUUGAAGUGCCUUUGUUCGUCCAGGUGGCCAAGUGCAUUUCUUCAUCACAUUUCCAGGUCUCUGAGAAGGUGCUCAGCUACUGGAACAACGAGUACUUUCUGAAUCUCUGCAUCGAGAACGCGGAGGUCAUCUUGCCCAUUAUAUUCCCAGCGUUAUACGAGCUAACGUCACAACUAGACCUGGAGUCCCAGAGUGAUGAAAAUGGGCACCCUACGUCAGAUCCUUACGUUUUAGUCGAACAAGCCAUCAGUUCCGGCUCCUGGAACCGCGCUAUCCACGCAAUGGCCUUUAAGGCUCUCAAAAUAUUCUUGGAGACGAACCCGGUCCUUUAUGACAACUGCAACUCGUUGUAUUUGACAAGUGUCAAGGAGACGCAAAGGCGCAAAGUGGAACGCGAAGAAAAUUGGCAUAGGCUCGAAAGCUAUGUUGAAAAGCUCAAGAUCAGUGGCACUGCAGGAGGUGACGAAAGUUCUCCUCAAGACUGA